ACGUACACGUACACACAAUUUUGUCGUGAUUUCUUUUAUUUGUUUAAAAUAAUAGUUAAAUUACUGUUUUGAAUGAAUAGCUAAAACGUGCAGCAAUAUGUUGAGAGUUUUACAUUCUGUUGCGCUAACCGUUGCGCAAUAAGCACAACGCAAUUCGAAGGCAGCCAGCGCAAAAAGACAACAUUCUUCGCAGCGAGAGAGGAAAGAGAAUUUUUGGAAGCGACCAAGUUAUUUAUUUCAUAAGAAACUGUUAAUAAAACGGCCACAGAGAAAAAGAAGAAGAAAUGGAGCGGCGCGUUAAGCUAAAAACAAUUAAUCCGCAUAUAACGUGCAAAAUCUGCGGAGGAUAUUUCAUAGAUGCGACCACAGUGACGGAGUGUCUGCACACAUUUUGCAAAAGCUGUUUGGUCAAGCAUCUGGAGGAGAAGAAAACAUGCCCCACCUGCGACAGCAUCAUACAUCAGUCACAUCCGCUGCAAUACAUCAGCUUCGAUCGCACCAUGCAGGACAUUGUGUACAAAUUGGUGCCAAAACUGCAAGAAGAUGAAUCGCGACGUGAACGUGACUUCUACAAGAGCCGCAAUAUGCCAUGUCCGAAGGACAUAACGCAAAACCACGAGGAUGACAAUGAGAAGGUGAUGGAGGCGCAUGCCGAAUCCGAUUUCCAUCGCCUGGACGAGCAGGUCAACGUGUGCCUCGAGUGUAUAAGCAAUAACUUUAAGAAUCUGCAAAGACGCUUCAUACGCUGCAGCUCGCAGGCGACGAUAACGCAUCUUAAGAAGCUCGUCGCCAAAAAGAUACUCAACGGCAUUGAAAAAUAUCGCGAGAUCGACAUCCUGUGUAAUGAGGAGCUGUUGGGCAAGGAUCAUACGCUGAAAUUUGUGUAUGUGACCCGUUGGCGUUUUCGAGAUCCACCGUUACGUUUACAGUUUCGUCCGCGGGUCGAGCUUUAACAGCAGCCGUGUAUACAAAAUGAUCUAUAUAUAUACAGUAUAUAUAUAUAAAUAUAUAUAUUUUUAUAAUUUAUUGACAUAGUGCUCUAUUAUAUAUGAAUCUUAGGAGUCCCCCCCCAAACUAGUGUUUAGUCCACUCUC